AUGCUCCAAGCAAAAGGAAGAAAUUCGUACUAAUCAACCAACAAUGGCCACCAAUCUCGUGUGCCGGGUUCAUCCAGUUGUUUUAUUUAGCAUUGUUGACUCGUAUGAGAGACGAAAUGAAGAUGCGAAAAGAGUUAUUGGAACACUACUUGGUAUUUGUGACAAGGGUGUCGUAGAGGUGACUAAUUGUUUCGCCGUUCCACACAAUGAAUCUGAAGAUGAGGUGGCUGUUGACAUUGAGUAUGCCAAGAACAUGUAUGAUUUAUACAGGAAGGUCAAUGGAAAUGAAGUUAUUGUUGGGUGGUACUCGACGAGUCCAGAUGUAUCGAGCCACUCAGUAUUGAUUCACGAAUAUUACUCCCGGGAAGCUAAUAAUCCAAUACACCUGACUGUUGAUACCACAGUGAAGUCUGGGAAGCUCGGAAUGAAAGCCUUUAUAAGUGUUCCGAUGGGAGUUCCGAACAAGUCAAUUGGUACGAUGUUCACACCGGUCAGUGUUGAGAUUGUCAGCUAUGAACCAGAAAAAGUCGGAGUUGAUGUAUUACAAAACGGCAAGUACAACCUGAAGAGAAGUGUUUCCAUGGUGUCAGACCUGCGGCACAUUGAAACGGCGUGUGUGAAAUUGCAGGAUAUGUUGGAACAAGUUACAUCAUACGUGGAUGAAGUUCUUGCUGGGAAGGUACAAGCUGACAAUGCCAUCGGAAGGUUUUUAUUGAGCCUCGUCACAAGCAUACCACAGAUUGACCAUGACCAGUUUGAAGAUAUGCUCAACUCUAAUAUGAAGGAUCUGCUUAUGGUUGUUUACCUGGCCAAUCUGACGAGAUCACAGCUGGCACUGAAUGAAAAACUCAGCCUCCUAACGCAGUAGUGUAAUGUGUGACAUACAGACUGAAAUAAAUACUGUUAUUCAAAUCUUCACUAGUGUUUUCACGAGUACUUGACACAGAAACCAACAACAUGGAGUUACAAUUCAACCAGCUAGCUUCAGGAAAAAUGUGAAAAUUGAGAUUUAGUGGUCAAGCUGUCUUACUUACAUAAAACAGUCACUGAAAUGUUCUCCUUUUUUUUCUUUUCUUUUUUUAAACUAUACCAGUAACUGGCUCAGAUGUUUAACUGUAUCCUUCAAACCAAUUCAGGGCCAGCUCUGGAUGAGCAAAAUGUUUCACCUAAUUAUCCUAAAAAAGCAACAAAAUACCAAUAAUGUUUUUGCCAAAUUAAAAUAAAAUUAGCCAGUCAUUUCUAAACUUUGCAAUUGGCAAAUUUGGCGAGUGUGGAGCUAGCCCUAGCUACUUUAUAUUGAAACCACAGACCUUUCUAUAAAAUGGAUUGGCAAACAGGCUUUAGGUUUUGUCACAAGUUGCUAGGUUUUUUUUAAAGAACAAUAAACACAUUUUAAAACAAAA